AUGCAUUGCUUAGUACGUCGCUUGGUCUUCGGCAUAAGAUGCCGAUAUUCAAUAUGCAAUGCAGGAUCAAAAGCGGAUGAAACUUUAAAUAUUAAUGACAGUCCUCUGCGUCGCCUUAUACAAGAUGCAAGUACAUUUGGAGAGGUUGGAGCUGCAGUCCCAGCAGAAGGAGAGUUACAAUGGGCUACGCAGCCUUAUACUACAGACGGUAAAGAAGAAACUAGAUCGUAUAUAGACCCUAAAGAGACAACUGUAUUGUUGUUUCCUGGACAAGGCUCCCAACGUGUGGGCAUGGGACAGCGGCUACUUGAAGUCCCUGCCGCAAAGGAGCUAUAUGACCUAGCAUCUAGCAUUGUUGGAUGGGACGUGGGGCGCGUGUGUCGCGAGGGCCCGGCGGAGGAGCUGGACCGGCGUUGCCAGACGGCGGUGCUGGUGACGUCGCUGGGCGCGCUGGAGCUCGCGCGCGACACGCGGCCUGCAGCCGUGGAGCGCGUGCGCGCCGCGGCCGGCUUCUCGCUGGGCGAGAUCACGGCGUUAGUGUUCGCGGGCGCGCUGCAGUUCGAGCAGGCGCUGCGCCUCGUGGAGCUGCGCGCGGCGGCCAUGGCGGCGGCGGCGGCCGAGCGGCGCGGCGGCAUGCUCACCGUAUGGCUGGCGCCUGACGCCGCGCUGCCGCGCCUGCUGGCCGCCGCGCGCGACCACGCCGCCGCCACCGGCCUGCCCGACCCCGUCUGCGCCGUCGCCAACUACCUGUUCCCCGGCUGCAAGGUCCUCGCGGGCGACGAAGAGGCGCUGCAGUUCGUGGAGCGGUCGGGGCGCGCGUGGGGCGUGCGGCGCAGCGCGCGCGUGCGCGUGGCGGGCGCCUUCCACUGCGCGCUGAUGGCGCGCGCGGAGUCGGCGGUGCGCGCGGCGCUGCGCCAGUGCGCGGUGGGCGCGCCGCGAGUGCGCGUGGUGUCGUGCGUGGAUGCGCGCGCGGUGCGCGACGCGGCGGGCGCGCGGCGGCGGCUGGCGCGGCUGACGGCGGCGCCGGUGCGCUGGGAGCAGGCGCUGCACGCGCUGUACGCGCGGCCGGCGGGGCAGCCGCAGCCGCUCACGCUGGCGCUGGGCCCGGGCGCCGCGCUGCGUUCCACGCUCAAGCUCGUCAACGCGCGCGCCUGGGACACCUCGCUGCAGAUCGACGUC